AUGGACUCCCUGCAAAUGCAGAAGGCUGUUCGACCGCGAAUCAGCUACAAAAUAGCUGUCGUUCACCAAUCGCUUGUUCAUUUUAUAAAUAAUCACUCAGUUUAUCAACCACUACUCUUUCCGUUGGAUUAUUUGAGCUGGCAAAGUUUGCAAUUAUUGCACAUUACCGCUCAUAUUGGUGAUAUAACCCUCAUGACAUCGCCAGGUACGAGGUGGCAAGGUUUGAACUCCGGAGGCAGGUUUGAUGGAGGUAGUUCUGGGAGAAGAGGAGGAAGUGGAUGGAGUGGAGGUGGAGGUGGAGGUGGAGCAGAAGGAAGCAGACGUACUCUCUGUCGAAACAUCCAGCAAGGAGGACGCUGCCGGCUUAGUGCGGGAUGUACCUUUUCCCACGAUUUGUCGAACUCGAACUCGCAUGAAUCUCCACUGCAACCCCGCGAAAGGUUGGCAGACACCCCUGAGCAACAACACACGAGAGAGGACUAUAAUUCAUGGAAGAGGCUCAUCAAGACUCCGCCGAAGAGAAACGAUAUCGGAACAAUUGAAUUGUUGUGGAAUAGCGCACUCACGAUAUUGAACGCAGACGAUCGAGACUGGAAGCAGAUGCUCCCACGAAAUCUGGAUGAUAAGAGAAUUAUGGCCGUGAACAUAUUCAGACACUCUUAA